CAACGAUAACACAGUUUUAGCUAUAAAAUAGCUGAACUGGCAGCACAGAAAACACAUGAGCAAUGCCAGCGCUGAGCAAGAUCAACAGCUGUUCGACGCUUCUUUUCGAAUUUUGAGUUGUUUUUAUUGACUAACAUAAAAUCAAAUCUGUACAACAUUUAGCUGCUCUCUGGAAGCGAUAUUGAUUGCACUGAAAUUCCAUCGACUGAGGCUGGAGAAGACAGGUUAGGAGUAAAGUGUUCAGCAGCUGUAAGUGUCUACAGCUUCCUUGUGAACACCAGCCAUAUCUGUAAUUUAAUCAGAUUAUCGGCUAAUAUUUGCCUACCGAAUAACUAACAGAGCUGAAAUAAACCGCUUAGGGGCCAAUUCAAUGGUUGUGGUUCUUCUGUUUUAAGCCGGCGACGACUUCUUGGCUGCUGCAUCUUAUCUCGGCGGCGGUCAAUAAAUGUGCGCCAGAGGACAAACACAAGAGUCACAGCUACAGUCACAUCCACAGGCACAGCCGCAGUCGCAGCCACAACAACUAAAGCAGUGGAAAAGCCGCAGAACUCAACCACAACAAGCCACAAUCGGCAAUCAUCAACACUGGGGCGCCACAGACCGAGGAAGGCAAGGAAAGCGAGGAGAGGCAGGGCGCCGGUUGCAUUUGGACAACGCCAACGAACCAGAAACACCCGCGCAUAAGCCAUGACAGCUGUGCCAGCCCCUUCUGUCCCAACACCCCUGGCACCCGCCGCCGUCGCUUCCGUCGACGCCAUGGAGCAUCGGCAUCAGUCAGCCAAGACUCUGAACGCCCUGCUGGACCUGCCCGCGGAGAUGGAACUGCGCCAAAUUGAGUUGAUCUAUCGGGCGGAGGGUAAUGCAAAUUUGGUGCUUGCCUUGCCGCAAUUUAAAAAAGUUUUACGUUUGCCAAAAAUGAUAUCCAGCAGACAGCAGCAGCCGCCACCGCCACCGCCACAGCCGCAAACUGAGCAGGAGGAGGCUCGGCAGGAGGAUGAGCAGGCGGCAGGGGCAGAGCCAGAGGAGACGGAAGAGAUUGGGCGGCCGGAAGAGCAGUCCGACUAUUCUGCCAGAGCCCAGGCAUCAACUAUAAAAGCUGGCGACUUGACAAUGCCGGAUUUUAUGGCUUAUAUCGGGAUAAUGCGCCGUCUAUUAGGAAAUGAGUUUGUCUGCGGAGCGGAUAUUGUUGCCAUACCAAAGGAAGACGAUAGAUUCUGGAUAAACGAGCACAUACGCGCCCACAGACCGAUUGCGCGUCUGGAUAAGGAAUUUUUGGGGCAAUUCGGGCUGCUCCUGCCAGAUGUGACCCAAUUGCCUGCCACGUUCGAUGUUUUACUUGGCAAAUUACAGGCAAAGGGCACAACAGGAGAUGCCACAGGAGCAGCAGGAACCAGAGCAGGAGCAGGAGCAGGAGCAAGAGCCACAGCAAAGGCAAGGGAAACGGCAGGAACACGAGGUGUCCAUCGUCUGGGCGAUACAUAUGCCAUCGAAAUAAAACCCAAACAAGGCUGGCUCCAGUUGGCAAGUGAUGUCAACGAUUUAUUUGAUUUAAUGCCAGCAGGACCAGAGACAAUGCCAAAGAGGAGCAAGGGCGAGGAGAAUCAGGAGGCAACAGGAGUCGACGUGGCGAAGUCGACCCGGGACAAGUGCAGGUGUCGCUAUUGCGGCAUGCAGCUAUUGAAGCUACGCAACGGGAAAAUAAAACGAUUGGGCGACUACUGUCCUUUGGAGCUAUUCUCCGGCUCACCCAGUCGUAUGCUUGAUGCCCUGAAUGCACUUUUCGCCUGCCCGCAAAAUAAUUUACGUGUGUUUCAGGACGGCAAUUUAAUUUAUGGCGAUCACGCGAACUCGAUUUCCUUCGAUGAAUUGCACUCGCGUGUCUUUCCCGGUGAAAUUAUGGUGCUUAUAAAACAUUUGCUGGUAGCCUGCCUGCUCAGGGAAUACGAGGUGAGUGCAACGCAGAGCUUCGACCAGGACCACAGUGGUUGUGGCAGUCAGAGCCCGAGUCGCGUUUCAAUUGGAGAAAUGGAGACAAAAGCUGCAGCUGGUGUAGCUGCUGGAAUUGGCACCGCUAAUGUUGCCAGGGCGGAGGAUGUCGAGAAGUGGCAUGCUGACUCUGUCAAUGCUGGUCAAUCCUCCGGCAGGACACGAGCAGCUGCUGAAAAACCAACGACCCAAAGGUACACAAAGCCACCCGGAAUAGUCGUAGAAGGGGAAACAACUGCAGGAGCCCUAAGCCAACAACAGUUCGGCUAUGUGUUGGCAUUGGCAACUCAAACGGAAACAAAAACGGAAACGGAAACACAGCCAACUCCGAGUACAAGUCGGAAAGAGAAUGAGAACGACAAUCAGAAUCAGAAUGAGAAUCAACGUGAAGAACAAAUCAACAAAGCGGAAAUAUUUCGCUUACCAAAAAAUUGUGUGUUGCAAAAAAUUUUGAAUUUGCAAUUGCUGGUAAAGCAACACUUCGAUUAUAUGUACCGAGCAAACUACGCCCGGCACUCGCGGCACACGUAUGACGCGCUCAGAGGACUGCUGGCUCUGCCCGUCGCCGAUGAACUGCAGCCGGAGCAGGCGUACCUGCUGGGAGCCACGGCCUUGGACUGCUCGAUUAUGUUCACAUUUCAGGAAGUGGAACUGGAGUGUACGCCUGACCAGGACUUUGAAGCGGAUCUGCUGCAGCCGUGGCUCGUCUCCCUGCUGGGUCAUCACUUUCUAACGAAGCUCUCUGUGCUGGAUUUGGAUCCGAAGCCCGAUAGUCACUUUCAUAAAUUCAUAGAGCAGACAUGUGAAAUUGAAAAGUGCUGCCGAGCAUUAAAUUAAUUAAUAAAGUUUGCACACAACUAAAAGCCGCACGCAUCGACUGUAGAGCGCCCAUAACUGAGCUACGGUUUUUCCUGCUACA